AUGCUUCAAGACGGAAUUUGUAAUGCAUGCUACUCGUGGAGUAUAACUGGAGAAAGCGAACUAGAAAUAAUUAGAUGUAAGAACUGCAAUAUAUAUGUCCACCGUAUAUGUUAUGGACUUGUGGGUACUAAUGAACCAUUAGUAGAAAAGACAAUUACAUGUGAACCAUGUCAGUACAUACUUAAAACUAAGGGUAACCAAUUAAAUAAGAGACGUGGUGAUAAGAGCUUGAAUUGUAUUAUAUGUCAAAACACAGGAGGAAUUCUAAAGCGAGUUUUGAAACCCAUGAAGUUCAAUUUAUAUCAGAACUUCUCUAGUGAAUCCUCUAAUACAAUGUCACCAGCUUUAUGGAUCCACAUUAAUUGUGCAAUUUAUUCAAAUGAGUAUAUUUGCAUCAACAAUUGGAAGAAUUUUUCCCAAAUUGAAAUUCUUAAACCAAUAAAUUAUUUCAAUAUUGAAACUUGUAUGUAUUGUAUGAAGAAUAUAGGUGUAUUAUAUAAAUGUCAGUAUUAUGAAUGUAAAAGUGUCUUUCACUUACACUGCUUAGAGAAUGAAGUUAAAUUUAACUGUGUACUAUGUAUUUCAAAAAGUGACGAUAAUAUUAGGGAGAUUGAGUGUAAUUUGUCAUUUAAAUCGUUAGCAGAUUCUAAUUUAUUCAAGUAUUUCUAUUGCAAUAAAGGACACUACUUAGGAGGUCAACAAUUUUUUUUUUGCUCAGAUCAUAUAAAGACAAACCGAGAUUGUGACAACUUUAGGUAA